AUGAACGGCUCGGGCGGCCAGGGCGUGGGGGACACGAACCAGGAAGGCGACGGCGGCCGGCAGCCCGAGGCGGUCCUCGUCCCCCUGCUGUUCGCGCUCAUUUUUUUCGUGGGCAUCGUGGGCAACGCUCUGGUGCUGGCGGUGCUGUUGCGCGGCGGCCAGGCGGUCAGCACCACCAACCUGUUCAUCCUCAACCUGGGCUUGGCCGACCUGUGCUUCAUCCUGUGCUGCGUGCCUUUCCAGGCCACCAUCUACACCCUGGACGGCUGGGUUUUCGGCUCGCUGCUCUGCAAGGCCGUUCAUUUCCUCAUCUUCCUCACCAUGCACGCCAGCAGCUUCACGCUGGCCGCCGUCUCCCUGGACAGGUAUCUGGCCAUCCGCUACCCGCUGCACUCCCGCGAGCUGCGCACACCUCGAAACGCGCUGGCGGCCAUCGGGCUCAUCUGGGGGCUAGCCCUGCUCUUCUCCGGGCCCUACCUGAGCUACUAUCGUCAGUCGCAGCUGGCCAACCUGACGGUGUGCCACCCGGCGUGGAGCGCUCCUCGACGCCGCGCGAUGGACCUCUGCACCUUCGUCUUCAGCUACCUGCUGCCGGUGCUGGUCCUCAGUCUGACCUACGCGUGCACCCUGCGCUACCUGUGGCGCACAGUCGACCCCGUGGCUGCGGGCUCGGGUUCCCGGCGCGCCAAGCGCAGGGUGACGCGGAUGAUCGUCAUCGUGGCCGUGCUCUUCUGCCUCUGUUGGAUGCCCCACCACGCGCUCAUCCUCUGCGUGUGGUUCGGUCGCUUCCCGCUCACGCGCUCCACUUACGCGCUGCGCAUCCUUUCACACCUAGUUUCUUACGCCAACUCCUGUGUCAACCCCAUCGUUUACGCGCUGGUCUCCAAGCAUUUCCGCAAAGGUUUCCGCAAGAUCUGCGCCGGCCUGCUGUGCCGUGCCCCGAGGCGGGCCUCAGGCCGAGUGUGUGUUCUGGCGCCUGGUAACCAUAGUGUGACGGAACGCGAGUCCACAGACCUGACACACGUGAGCGAGGCAGCAGGGCCCCUUGUGGCAUCCGCGCUUCUUAGUGCAGAGCAUCCAGUGGAGCCCUCGGUCUGUUAAAGGCUCAAAGGGCAGCUGGGCAGUGUGAACUGAGGACACCUGGGGCUAGGUCUGAAUGUUAAAGGGUUGCAGCCAAGGACUGAGGAUUGUGGGGCAAGUCCUCGAGCCGAUUGCUAGAGUGGUGACAUAUGCCUUCAAUCCCAGCACCUGGGAAGGGGAAGCAGGAGGAGCCAGAGCUAAGUCAGCCAUGGAGUUUGAGGCCUGCUUCAACUACCAGA